AAAUAAUGUUUUUGUUUGAAUUAAGUAUGUAUCACGGUGAUAUUAGAAGUUCUUAACGUGUCUAUCUUUCAGGAAGUUGCAGAUAAGUUCUGUACCGAUCUCAUAGGGUAACGUUAUAUUGUUUCAAAGUUGGAGGAAGAAAGGAAAGGAAGGUCUAGCCUACUUGGAAUAUAUAAAUAGUUACUGUGUAAAUAUUAGCCAACUUAUGUUUAGUUUUACUACUAUUUUGGGUAAAUGCAGACAAAAAGCACGCAUCAAACAGGUGACUUUAUAUAAGCCAGAUCCUCUUAUAACCGUUAUAUUUUUUUAUUAAAUAUUUUGUAUUACCUUGUUACUAAACCAAAAUACCAAACGCAUGUCCUCAAAUUUACAACCUUUAGAUAUAUGCACAAAUACCAGACGUUGAUAGUAUGUGUAGCUGACGGUAACUGACUGCAGUUUGUGUGGUACAAGGAGAACGCAUCAGGUAGCCGCACUACAUUACAUUGACAUCAGUCUGGACAGCUGUGCCCAGCUGUAAGAUACACACCACUUCCAUCAGGUUACUUUGUGUUUUGUUAAACUAUUCAUGAAUGAUGAUAGUGUGUUAUUUUAUGAUGAGAGCACUGCAGCUCAGUGCUGUAUAAAUAACUUCCUUUUUUGUGACCUCAGCAGAAUGAGACCAUAUACUUACGGUUAGCUGUCAGUAUUUCCACUGACAAAGGGGAAAUGUUAAAUGCCUUGGAGCUUAUUUGUAUUUGCGGGAACAGGUGAUUGUCCACAAGGUACAUACAGUGUUUACUAAAGCAGUGUUUCUCAACUUGUUUUUACACCAGGGACCAACAAGCUGUGGUCCCUCUUGUGCUUACACAGACACUAUGCUUAGACUGACAGUACAAAUCUUCUGUUUUGUUUCUCUUCCCGAGAUGUGGAAGUCAGUGGUGGGACACAACGUGAGCAUAAAGGUUGCAGAGGGGGACGACUGGGAGACCGACCCUGACUUUGAGAAUGAUGUGUCAGAACAGGAACAGAGAUGGGGGGCCAAGACCAUUGAGGGGUCUGGUCGAAAAGAACACAUCAGUGUAUCAGAGCUGAGACAGAAGGUGUCCCAGGAGCAUGAGGUGGGGAAGCAGAAGGAGCGAGCGGAGGCUCCCAAGGCCUCUUACGGUUACGGAGGGAAGUUUGGAGUGGAGAAAGACCGCAUGGACAAGGGGGCAGUGGGGCAUGGCUACGUGGCGCAGGUGGAGCAGCACUCAUCCCAGACCGAUGCAAAGAGAGGAUUCGGGGGGAAAUUUGGAGUGCAGAAAGACCGUGUGGAUAAGUCUGCCAUGGGUUUUGAAUACAAGGGUGAGGUGGAGCAGCAUACAUCUCAGAAAGACUAUUCAAAGGGUUUUGGAGGGAAGUAUGGGGUGGAGAAGGAGAAAGUGGACAAGGCUGCCUUGGGAUACGACUACAAGGGAGAGACCGAGAAGCACCAGUCUCAGAAAGACUAUUCAAAGGGUUUUGGAGGGAAGUUUGGGGUGGAGAAGGAGAAAGUGGACAAGGCUGCUUUGGGUUACGACUACAAGGGAGAGACAGAGAAGCAUGAGUCACAGAAAGACUAUGCCAAGGGCUUUGGGGGACGCUAUGGCGUCCAGACAGACCGCAUGGAUAAAAGUGCAGUGGCCUUCACAGACAUGGAAUCCCCUACCUCUGCCUAUGAGAAGACAAUACCAAUGGAGGCAUCAAGUGCAGGUGCAGGCAACCUGAAGGCUCGCUUUGAGAACCUGGCUCGGUCAUCAGACGAGGAGAACAGAAAGCGAGCGGAGGAGGAGAGAGCCAGGAGACAGGCUAGAGAGGAGAGAGAGCAGGAGGAGGCACGACGCAGACAACAGGAACAGAACAGCAGGGAGGAGGAAGCAGAGCAGCAUCAGCCUCCACCUGUUGAAGAGCAGAGACCUCCACCUGUUGAAGAGCAGAGACCUCCACCUGUUGAAGAGACCAACAGGAAGCCCCAACCACCACAGCUGCCCACUGCCAGGGCAGUGCCUCAGAUACCAAGAGAUGAGCCAGUGGAAGAGGAGGAGCCAGUCUAUGACCAGCCCCCGUGCCUGCCCCCACGGUCAAGUGACCUGCUGGAGGCGGAGCCACCUCAGGAGCAGACCCCAUCAGAACCAGAGCAGGAGGAUGAGGGAGAGUAUGAGGAUAUCUCACCAAUCCCUUUCUUCCCAGAACCUGUUCCAGCUGUGGAUAAUGACUAUGAGGACCUGACAUGCGGUCAGACCGCAGUGGCCAUUUAUGACUACCAAGGAGAGGCAGAUGAUGAGAUCUCCUUCAACCCGGAUGAUGUCAUCACCAACAUAGAGAUGGUGGACGAAGGCUGGUGGAAGGGACACUGUCACGGACGCAUUGGACUUUUCCCUGCUACAUUCGUGAAAAUGAUAUAGAGAGCGUGCCUAUACAGUCUCCAACACAGACAUAUACCUGAGCCCAUAGGACCUGUGGGUCUUUUCACAGGGGGGACAUCAGCAUAUUGAUCCUAUCGGACAGGUAUAGGUAGAUUGUACCGUGGUAGAAUCUCAAUUGCAUACGCCUCUAUCAUCACUUUCUCAAUACCCAUUGGAGAAGGAACCUCUGGCUUUCUCAUCCAAUGGGCUUUGAGGUGAGGAGGACGCAAGGAGUAUACAAUUGAGAUUCUCCCCAUGUUUUCUAAUCAAUUAAUUUAUAUCUGGUCAGUAGUCAUGACAUAUCAUGGAUAGUCAUUGUGCUUCAUAUUGCUCAGGGUGGGGAUGCAUAUAAGCUGAUUGCUAAAUGUUCCAGUGAAAUUCUCAUACACUUGCAUUUCAAAUGAUUAUGGAAGUCAUUUAGCUAUGGAAUGUUUUGUUUAAAAACCGCAUGUAAUCAAUAAAAUGUCUUAAUGUACAGAAA